AAAAAAAAAAAAAAAAAAAAAAAACCCGAACCGGCUACAUCUAAUUUCAAAGAUUGACCAAAAUCCGAAUCUCGUUCUGUACCCCCCUGGCACUCCCCUAUUUUCAAUGUCCCAAGGGCCCUCUCCCUCUGUGUCUCCUUGCCUUAGGCCUGUCUCUCAUCAUCCCUUCCUUGCCUCCGCGGACGAAUGGCGGCCUGCCCAGACGGACGGUGUAAUCUGCUCUGCCCCUCCAAUGUACCCCUGGGACUCAGGUCGCUAAGGACUCAGGGUCACUGACCGCAAUUAUGAGAUUCCAAUACCGACUACCUACGGGUCGGAGUUGGCGAUGGGACUUUCGUUGCCGAUUGUCUCGCCAACUGUCAACAAGUCAUGUCGUUGUGCCCUAACAGACGCGACGCUGAGACACACACGAGCUCCCCCAGCCCCCCACGACUCCACGGCAACCUGUCCCUGACGGCUGGGAGGCCUGGCAGUGGGCACACAUCGCUCUCGGACCGUAGACCCCGAGUGAGCAACCGAGCCUCCUUCAGUUCGUGGGGAGCGGGCGCCCAUUACACAUUUUCAGAUCACGAGGGCAUCAUCCACGAAAAAGAGCCGCCUUCCAUUCUGCGGCACGGCGCAGUCCCGCCGUGUCGCAGGUUCCAAAACAGGAUCUUGCUCAGGCACCACAUUUUCCUGCAGCAGAAAAUAUGGACAUCCACAGACCCGCACCUCUGGUUUCGCGGGACGAUUCGCAGGAUGCAACCUGUCAGACUCGGAGGAACGGGGUUCUGAUUUGAGCCGACUUAUCUCCGCCUGUGACCGG